GUAGCCACCAACGCAGAAAGGUCCGGAGUUUUUCAUUCGUUGGCUGUUGACACCCACCAUGACAUGGGCUUCCUUUUCCACCAUCGCUUACAGCUGCACAUUCCACCGACGAACCGUCCCAGCAACCAUACAAGUGGGUUAGACUGGCUAUUGAAAAUUCAGAGGAAACAGCCAACUUUCUUCUUCCAUCAAGUCUUGAUUCUAAAAAAGAUAUCAUUAUCCUCUUCUGUUCUGUCCACGGGGACAAGCCUAUCAAUCAUAUUUUGAAGAUCAUUGGCAUUUAUGGGUAGCAACCAACCAUGAUGAUACUGAACUGCCAAUGUGCCCUGCUUUUGCUAUUCCUUUCCAUAGCCGCUACACACGGUGCUACCGCAUCGCAAAGGUGUCAGAAUUCUUGCUUGGCGCCAUCAACCCCCACCAGCAACAACAACAGCAACAGCAACAACAAUGCUACCCCCAACAACAGCAUUCCUGCGACUACCCUCAGCGACAAAGCACCCGAUGUCAGUGAUAAUAAGGAAUCUUCUUCGGUCUGGGGGUCCAUGAAGAACCCCUUCAAACGGCCGGCAUUUGACAUUGUGCCCUUGCCAAGACUUAAACCACAAAAGAAGAAACAACGUCGUCCCAAAGAAGAACUUCCACCCAAGGCUGCUACGGUCAAGCAACAUCAGCCCAGUGGAACUCGGUUUGACUUGCGGCCGCCAUCGCCCGAACGCAUUGCACGGUGGUUUGCUCCUGCUGCUGACGACAAUCGGCAGUUGCUCGGUGGUAGCACUCGCAAAACUCUCUUUAACCAUGAUUCCGUGGGAAUGACCAAUCCUGUGUUGCAUGUUUCCGUGGAGGAAAAGAACAACUACUUGAUCGAUGAUGACACGGCUUCGACGGUGGUAUCCUUGGCCAACUCGGACACGACAACAACCUUUGAGCUGCAAGACACUUGGAUACCGGCAUCCACCACCACAACACAUUCAACCCCACCAUCCAGUCGAGAGGCUACUCGAGUCUGGCAAUACAAAGUACGAGCACCUCCUCCCGAUGCCACCGAAGCCGAACAGGCGUGGUUCCCGGCGGCGUUGCGCACGGACAAAUGGCGUCAAUGCCGGUAUCGUCGACGAGUGGGGCAAGGGCAAGAGUGUUACGAACGAGUCCGAGAAGCCGCUCUGGCAUGGCAGUUCCGAGACUCCACCAACAAGGGAAUUCUACCCGUACAACAACAACAGCGCAGUGACAAGGAAAAUAAUUGCUGCUUUGCACUCAAUGACCAAGCAUCGCAGCAAGUGCAACCGCUAUGGUCCGGUCCUCACACUCAAGGCAGUCGACGACUCGUCACGUUUACUACAACGGGGUUCAAAACAAGAUGGUUGCCCAAACUCUAUACCAUGAAUCCUGUCAUGGUGGUGUACGAUCUCUUGGAUCAACGUGGUCCUGCGACCACAUACAGCUCUACCGCCUAUGCCACACUACGUGGACACUUGCUACGAGGAGAAGAGCGGGUCACGGUGGCCUUUCGGGAUGACACUGGAUUUGUGGAUGUCGAGAUACUGUCGUAUUCCAAACCGGCUGGGUCACUCAAAGCCAAAUGUGCGUGGCCCUUGAUUGGAAAGAUGCAACAACAAUUCUUUCAACAUCAAAUGGAUCAUCUGGAACAAGUGGCCGCUCAGCCGUAGACGCGACACAGUGUUUCUGUUGGAUUGCUUACUUACGUGUACAGUUGGUUGUGAGAAAUUACUGGAAGCAACAGGUCAAAAGGGGAAGGAAAGUUUAAAAUGUAUUAUAAAGCUGCUACUACUGCUAC